AAUCAUUUAUACAGAUACUGGCAAAACCCCUUUGCCUGUGACGCAAAUCCCUGCGUGCCUGACUGCAGUGGAAGGUGCAAAUGUGUCAAUGUAUUGCUCCAUCCCGCUUUUCGAUCGCAAAUUAUCGGUGGAUGUCUCUUGGCGGAAAGACGGGCAGACCAAAACUUUGGACCCAACAGCAGACGAAAGGAAAAUAAUGUUACCGUUCAAGCAAGCAUCUGCUGAGUUCCAUCUGUUGAAUGUGAGCUUCCGGGACUCCGGAAUCUAUUACUGUAGCAUCAGCGUCUUCGGCAGGAAGACUUUCAAUGGGAAUGGGACUAAGCUUAUCGUACACGUGCCACCAACCCCGCUGAAGAUAACCCGCCUCGACUCGCCCUUCCUCGCUCUCCUCUGCACAACAGCUGGCUUCUUCCCGGGGCAGUUUGAACUCGUGUGGUAUAAAAAUUUCUCCGAAAUCACGUCUGGCAUCAGCAUCAGGAAAAUCCUAAACGAAGAGGGUUUAUUUCAAGUUUCCAGCGAGCUCAGUCUUCCGGAGAGGGGCUCAGUCUAUACCUGCCAGGUUUCUCACGUCGCACUCGGCGUCCCGGCAAAUAUCAGCUACACGGUUCCAAACCACGCUGGCCGGUUCCACACCAUUAACAUCUUCCGUUUGAUUUUGGGGAUCGUGGUGAUGGUGUUGGGGACCGCCUUCAUUGUGGAUCAUUUAAAGGUUCUAGUCUUGGUCACCCUGCAGCCACAUCUCUACAAUGACAACCAGAUCACAGCUGUUUACACCAUCAAUGUUUUCACCAUGGUGACAAUCUGA